AUGAAUUCCUCAACUGGCCAUAUCAUACGAGUAACGUGGCUAUCUAACGUCUUUGUGUUCGGGGCCCUUGGAAAUCUCCUUUUAUUUGCGGUGAUUUUGCGAAAGGGGAGAAUCGCCAACGUUGCCAAUCUGUUCAACCUGAACUUAGCUGUGGGUGACGUGUUACGCAUCAUCGUGUUUGUACCUGUUUAUUUGGAUUAUUCCUCGCAAGGCGAAUGGCCGAGGUUAUUAGGAAGUGCUGGUUGUAAAGGGAUAUUCAUGAUUGUCCAGAGCAGUUUAACGGUUUCCAUAAUAACUUUAAUGCUUAUGAGCUUGGAACGAUUUCAGGCUGUAGUACACCCGCUGAAAAAACAGGUAAAUUACAAUAAAAUUAAUCUCAAAGUGAUGAUUUGACAUCUUCAUUUGAUGAAAGAGAAAUAUUGUGAGAAUCUUUAUUAAAAAAUUGCCAUCAAAUUAAACAUUCAUAAAGGGCUUAAAAAAUUAAAAGAAUUGACAUUUUUGCGCACAGUACAUGAUCUCAAAACGGCUACCUCGUUUAUUAGCGUUUAUUCUAAUGAGUAUCACGAUUCCAUGUUCUAUCUUUCUCAGCCACUAGGCUGCGAUUAAAACUGACGCCUAAUAUCGUUAACGAUAAGACCCCCCUCCCCCCCACCUAGAGGGGAAAAUUGUCAGAGAGGGGAGAGGGGCCUAUUAACAAUUUACUCAAAAUGCGAUUAAUUAUCGUUAUUUUGAGUUGUCGCCUAUAAUCUCUCGUCGCCUAGAUGUAGUAAUUAAUAAAACAUACUCUCAUACAAGCAUAUUUUUUAGUGAGACGCUACCGAGAUCACGGAUGAAGAACAUUACAUCAAUUACCUUCCGACUUUUUGUGCUGGAAGGAGGUGGCUUAUUAGAGAGGGAUUAAUCAAAGAGGGGUUUUUCACAGAGGGGGAGGGUAUUAGAGUGGAGGGGGGCUUAUUAAAAUGGUGACGGUAGUUUCAAUUCUUAGUCAAUCCUUGGUUUCAUUUUUCUCUUACAGAUGACUAUAAAUAUUGCCAAGGGCGCUGUGGUCCUUUCGUGGGUCUUAGGGUUACUCACUAGUGUCUGGUUUGCCUUAUCGAUUGACACGAAAAUAGAUGAUAAACGUAGUUGUGGUGUUGUGGCUACAGAUUUCUGGAUAAAAGUAACGCUCCUGCUGCUUAUCAUAGGAACACAAUGGCUUCCUGGGGUAUUUUUCACGGUAGCGUACAUAAAGAUCAUUCUGAAGUUGCGCAGAGACUCCGCGAUAAACCCAUCUGAUGUUUCCCAAAGCUCGCAAAAUCGCCAUCGGAGGAAUAAAAGAGCGGCUCGCAUCUUAGUCAUAGAGGUUCUAUUAUUCCUUUGUUUUCUGUAUCCUUUUUAUCAGCACAGCUUGGCGUGGAUUUUGGGAUCUGAUGAUAUCGUUAGUCCUUUGUCAGUAAAAGGGACGUUCAUUUUUUGCAUGAUGAUGUCAUAUUCUCUUAUUAACCCCAUUUGUCAUAUUGCGCUUAACAGCGAGUUUAGAGCUGAAAUUUUUAGAAUGAUCUGCCAGUUUAAAGGUUGUUGUUGCCGCGCGAAAACCCGGCCCAGCAGUUGUUCACAAUGUCAUGUAAGACCGUGGCAUGAGAACCAACAAGGAACGCACCACGCCGCUGAAAGAACAAAAACAACCACGGGCAUAUGA